AUGAGUCUUCAUAGUACAAAAACCGGAAAGAAUGGUUUACUCUACUUUGGUUUUAAUCAAGAUUCAGGCUGUUUUGCAUGCGGCUUAGAGAACGGUUUUCGAAUAUACGACAGUGAUCCACUACGUCAAAUUCAACGGCAAGAUUUUCUGGAUGGCGGGAUUGGUCAAGUUGAGAUGCUAUUUCGUUGCAAAUACGUGGCUCUUGUUGGUGGUGGCAGAACGCCUAAGUAUUCUCCAUCAAAAGUAAUGAUUUGGGACGAUCUAAGGAAGAAAAUUGUUAUUGAGCUUGAAUUUUCUACUGAAGUGAAAGCGGUUCGAUUACGUCGUGACAGAAUUAUUGUUGUACUGGAAACAAUGAUUAAAGUUUAUACGUUUACACAAAAUCCCCAACAGUUGCACGUUUUUGAAACUUGUACCAAUACUCAUGGUUUGUGUGUAGUUUGUCCAUCUGGUUCAAAAUCCUAUUUGGCAUAUCCGAGUCAUCAUAUAGGGCGCGUUUGUCUUGUCGAUUUGGCCAAUACAGAAAAGCCAGUGGUCGAAAUAAAUGCACAUGAAGCAUCAUUGAUAUAUUUAGCAAUGAAUAUGUCUGGUACUCGUUUAGCUACAGCAUCAGAAAAGGGUACUCUAAUACGAAUAUUUGAUACCGAAACAAGUCAACUAGUAAACGAACUGCGACGCGGAGCUAACAACGCUACUAUUCACUGGAAUCUCAUUAAUGCUGAACAACAACGAUCAGUCGCCGAUGAUGAAAUUCAUGUCUUGAAAGCUCAUGAUCUUCAACCACUACAUACUAAAAAUAUAAAUGAAGAAUGUAAUCGUUUAGAAACAAAAGAAUUAUAUAAAACUGUAAAUACAUUAGCUGAAGAUAAAUAUCGUAAUCGUUUAUUUGCUAUUAUAUUCAUGAAUGGUACACAACGAAAAGUAACAACGGAAGAUAUUGUGCCUAUUCAUGGAACAUUUCACCCAACAAUUGGCGAUCGUAUACGUUUUGAAAAAGUAUUAUUAGUGGGUAGUCCGGAAUUUACAGUUAUCGGUCGACCACUUCUUAGUCCUCAUUUUAUUCAUGUCGAAGCAGUUGUUAUUGAGAAAACAUUGAGUCCAGUGAUCAUAUAUUAUUAUUAUGCACCGAAAAAGAAAGGUGUCGGGACAAAGAAAAAUUUGCAACGUAUGCCAUUUACGUUACUUCGCAUAACGGAUAUUGAUAUUAAAUCGUCUAUACCGGAAAUAAUCCAUGCUGCUAAGUUUGGGAAUGCUCAUACAUUUGUAACUGAACUCGUUGAUGGUUAUGAAACACAAUGUGGUCAGAGAGGUGGACAUUUAAGUAGUGGUCAGAAACAAAGAAUAAAGACCAUGUCAAGAACAAAAAGAAAAGCAGCCACUCAAGCUGAAGUUGAAAUCAAGCGUGCAAAAGGUGAAACGGAUUUGUUUGGUUUAAAAUGGCAUGAACAUGGUGAAGCAUUAUCAAAAGGUUUUGUUCCACUUGUAUAUCUAUAUUCGGAUUCACUACCUGGUUGUACGAAAGUUGCUGCAUUCGACAUGGAUUCAACAUUGAUUAAUGUUAAAAGUGGAGCAAAAUUUCCAAAAGGAGCUGAUGAUUGGGUAUGGUGGCAUAAAACUGUUCCACAAAAAUUAGAAGAAUACCAUAAAAAUGGUUAUCGUCUAUGUAUUUUUACAAAUCAAGGCGGUAUUGAAAAACACAAUACAAAAUUAGAAGAUAUUAAACGAAAAUGUGAAACACUUAUUCGUGAAACAAAUGCACCAAUAUUUGUAUUUAUUGCCACUGGUGAAAAUCAUUUUCGAAAACCGGCGUCGGCAAUGUACGACUUUUUUAUAGAAAAUUGUAAUCAAAAUGUCAAAGUGGAUUCUAGCCAAAGUGUCUAUUGUGGUGAUGCUGCCGGACGAUUAGCAGGAUGGCAAGCGGGAAAAAAGAAAGAUUUUUCUUGUGCUGAUAGAAAAUUUGCACAUAAUAUUAAUUUAUCAUUCAAAACACCAGAAGAAUUUUUUCUUGAUGAAGCACCAGUAUCAAAGUUUGAAUGGGGCUCAGUAAAUCCAAAAGAAUUUGUCGAAAAAUUUGCAACUGCAACUAAACCAUCGACAACCUAUCAUAAAACGACUCAAGAACUUGUCAUCUUACAAGGUCCUCCUGCAUCAGGAAAAAGUACUUUUGCUCGACGCUAUUUUGAACCAUAUGGCUAUGUACUCAUCAAUCGUGAUACACUUGGUACAGCAGCAAAAUGUAUAAAAACAGCCACAAAUGCUUUAAAUGAAGGAAAGAGUAUUGUUGUUGAUAAUACAAAUCCAUCAGCGGAUACUCGUGCCGAAUACAUUUCUCUUGCUAAAUCAAAAAAAAUACCUUGUCGAUGUUUUAUUCUUAAUACACCAUUGGAAUUAUGUCAUCAUUUAAAUUAUUAUCGUCAACAGUUAACAGCAAGUGAAGUAAGACGCAUACCAGAUGUCGGAUAUAAUAUGUAUAAAAAAAAUUAUAAAGAACCAGAACGAAGUGAAGGUAUUGAAGAAAUAACAAAAAUUGAAUUUCAUCCAAUAUUUGAUGAAGAAGGUCAUAAAAAAUUAUUUCAUUUAUGGACAGAAUCUUGA